AUGUCCCUGCCGUACUCGCCCAUCGCCCAAGGCGACCCGCACGAGUCCUCCGAGAAGCUCCUCGCUCAGCCCGCCGACAUCGACGACACCGGCGCAUGCCCCCGCCCGCGCCACCGCCCCUCGGUCUGGCGCAGCUCCUGGCUAUGGCUACUCCACGCCUUCCUGCUCUUUCUCAACCUUUCCGUCCUCCUCUCACUGGUCUUGCGUUCCAGCUUCCCUGAACGCGUCGACUGGGACGACCUUCUCAACGCUCACUCUCCUGUGUACCCCGCCGUCGAGUAUAAUCUCGUCCGCUUCAACGGCACCAUCGGCUUCCGCUCGCCCUACGUCGGCAUCGGUCCCUCCGUUGAUGCUGCCUGGGCAGAGGUCACCGACCACAGCGGCUCGCUGCCCAUCCGCAUUCCCGACGACUACCUCUCCCGCAUCCGCCUCGACGACUCCCACCGGCCGUCCAACGUCCGCUUCCUCCCCGAGGAUGGCGGCGGAAGCAUGGGCUCCAUAGAUCUCUUCCACAACCUCCACUGCGUCAACAUGUUCCGCAAGUACUCUUACUUGGAGGACUACCCCGAGAUCCAGGACAUGAUGUCCACGCGCCCCCGCUUCUUCCGCGACCACAUGGACCACUGCCUCGAGAUGCUCCGCCAGAACCUCAUGUGCCAUGCCGACAUCGCGCUCAUCACCUACGACUGGGUCGCCGACUUCCCCAAGCCCUUCCCCGACUUCAGCACCGUGCACCAGUGCCGCGACUUUACAAAGAUCCAGGAGUGGGAGCGCGCAAACCGCGUGCGUGUCUCCCUGGAGCGCAUCCAGGCCACGAGGAAGGGCGGGCCCGGCGAGCUCUCCGUCGCGGACGUCGACCUCAGUGGCGUGCUCACCAUCGGCAGCAUGGGCGGGGACGCGCCCAGCCGAACAGACUGA